AUGAAUAUCAAUUUAGAUAGUGCAAAGGAUAUACUUUGCAAAAACAUUACUAUAUAUGGUUAUUGUAAGUUUGAAAAUAAAGGAUGUGUAUUUAGUCAUAGACCAAAGGAAUCAUCAAAGCAACAACAACAAUCACUGUCACAACAACCACAGCUGUCACAACAGCAGACACCUCAGCAACAGCAACAACAGCAACCUCCAAACUCUGCUGGUUCAAUAACUUCAACUCAAUCAACUGACUCCAAAAAGAAAUUCAAUGUCAAUACUCCUUCAUUCCAACCAAGUUUAUUGAAAACAGCAACUUCAUCUUCAACAACUUCUUUAACUAACAAAUUCGCCAAUUUAUCUCCCAAACUUAAUGACAUUCCAGUAUUCAAACCAGAAUCAAAUGAGCAUACAGGUCCUAAAUUCAAUGCCUCUACUCCAUCAUUCGUUCCGGGAGGUCCACAAGCGGCUAUGAAUAAUAAUAACAACACUGCAGGUUCCACCCCAAUAGCUGCUCCUGCUGCAAUUGCCGGAGGAGUAGGAUCUGCAAUUGCUCCACAACCAGUAUCAACUGUCCCACCACAUGUGGCUGCUGCUGCCGGAAUUCCGCCAUCUCAAUCACCAAAUCCAUAUUUGGCCGAUUCUUAUUAUCAACAACAAACAACUUAUCCAUUACAAUAUCAUUUAUAUGCACCAGCACCACCACCUAGACUUUCAAUCCCAUUGGCUCCUCAUGAAACUAAUUCAAAAGUAUUAUUCAUCCCUAAUGAUCUUCGAGAAACUCUUCAUCGUAAAAAUGAAGCAACUUUACAAACAAUGAGUCAUUCAACAUUACCUGAAACCGUUAAUUCUUAUCAUUCCCUUGUUCCAAUAGAUCGAAGUUAUGAUCAAGAAUAUAAAUGGAAAUGGAAGAGUAGUUUAUAUAAAGUAUUUGGAGGAGAUGAUGGACAACCUUAUGCAAUGAGAAAAAUUGAUACUAAUAAUUUAGAAAAUUUGAAUCUGAUUGAAUUUAAGAAAUUUAAAAUUUGGAAAAGUUUAGAUUGUAGUAAUGUUGUGAAAGUUAUUGAUGGAUUUACUUCUUUGAGUUUUGGAUCUCCGGGUUGUUUAAUUGUCGUAUAUGAUUAUUAUCCAAAUUCUCAUACUUUAUUGGAACAUCAUCAUAAGAAGCUAGUUGGGAAACCAGAACCAAUUAAUGAAGAAAUCUUGUGGAAUUAUUUGAUUCAAUUAAUUAAUGCAUUGAAACAUAUUCAUGCGAAAGGAUUAGCAGCAAGAACUGCAAUUGAUUUAAGUAAGAUUAUCGUGACUAAUAAAGAUAGAAUUAGGAUUUCUUCAGUUGCAAUUAGUGAUAUUUUAGAAGAAGAUGAAGGUGAUAUUACUCAAUUACAAUUGGAUGAUUUCCGUAAUAUUGGUAAAUGUUUAGUUGAAUUAAGUUUAUUAACAUUACCAAUACAUAUGAGAACUAAUACCACCAAUACUUUCCAAGCACUUAAGAUGAAUUUAAGUGAAGAAUACGUGGAUAUGAUUCAAUCAUUAGUCCAAGUAAAUAGUUCCUUUGAUGUAGAAGCAUAUCAUCAAAAAUUAACUACCCGAUUAUUCAAUACUGUUGAUAAAUUACAAGAUUGUUGUGAUUUCAUGGAAAAUCAAUUAACUUCAGAAUUAGAAAAUGCAAGAUUGUUUAGAUUAAUGACAAAAAUCAAUUUUGUAACUGCUACAACAAAUACUCAUAAAAUCAUUAAAUUAUUUUAUGAUUAUGUAUUUAAUUCAUAUCAUGAAACAACUGGGAAAAGAGUGGUUGAUUUAUCUAAAGUAUUAAUAAAUCUUAAUAAAUUGGAUUGUGGAAUUGAUGAGAAAUUGUUAUUAGUUAAUAAUGAAGAGAAUGAAUGUAUUAUUGCUAGUUAUAAAGAAAUUAGAGACAUUAUUGAUUCUAGCUUUAGAAUAAUAUCUAGAGAUUGA